UGACCUCGCCUGACGUCAGCGGCUGUCCGAGGAUCUAAAGAUGGCGCCCGCGGAGCAUCUCUCGGUGUCUCUCCUUCUUCUCGCCGCGCUGAGCGCGCUGAACCCCGCGAGCUGCGACGAGCAGGUGCCGCUGAUCCUGUGGACGAGCGGAGGGGUCUCUCUCCCGAGUCAGUCCCCUCCGACGGCGGGUCACAUCGUGGAGCAGCAGCAGCUGGCCUCUUACCUGGAGAAAGCUCUGAAUGUGGGGCCAAGAAAUGUAGUGCUGUUCCUUCAGGACAAGAUGAGCAUAGAAGACUUCACCAUGUAUGGAGGAGCUUUUGGAAACAAGCAGGACAGUGUUUUCCCCAACCUGGAGGGGGCUCUGAUGUCCUCGUCCUCCCCUCUGGUGUUACCUGCUGUGUCCUGGCCUGCCUCCAAUGCAGUGAUCGGCCAGCUGCAGGACCAAUUAGAAACCUCCCCUCUGUACAUGGACCCAGAGACACUAAGCCAGCUGAGACUCAACGCCUCCUCAGCCGCCCUGCUGGUGUUCAGGCUGCCGUACGGCAUCGGAGCCGAUCUGAUGUCUGCAAAAGAGAUUCUCAGUGGAAACGAUGAGGUGAUUGGUCAGGUUUUGAGCACCAUGAAGACUCAGUCUGUCCCCUACACUGCCAUUUACACAGCCCUGCGGCCCUCCAGGGAGGCGGCGUCUCUCUCUAUGGAAGCAGGCCUGGGUGGAGGUCGAUCUCUCCUGCAGGCCAGAGGUGGAUACAGGGAGAGAGAGAGAGAAAGGGAGAGGCAGCGUAAGACCAAGGAGAAAGCCGGGAUCUACAGUCCAGUGGAGUUCAAGGAGGGUGAAGACACCUGCAUCCUCCUGUGGGCAAAAGGCCUGUCAGUGAGCAUGCUCCGGAGCGGCCGCUGGGAAGACCAUGACCUGACACCAUCUACCUUCGGGGAGGGUGUCAGCCCGAAGCUGCACGGCUCAACCUGUGACAAAACCAAAGCGAGGUUGGUUCUUAAUUAUGAGUAUGUCCUCAGCCACCGCAACUUCAAACUGAUCUUUGUCAUGAGUCAGCGUCACUACCAGGUGUCUGCACGCCGCUGGUUCACACUAGAUGCCGUGGAGCUCGAGUACGACGGGAUCAAAGCCACAUUUAACGGCAGCAGAAACAUUUACGCCCCCGCCGAGUACUCGUACCGCUGUGACUCCAUCACCAACUUCCGCUGGCCUCUGCUCAUCCCGCGCUCAUCUAAAGAUCCAGCCAAUCAGUGGAGGGUCUCUUUUGAAGACUUUCAGAUCCAGGGCUUUAACGUGACCGGCAGCGAGUUCUCGUAUGCCAGCGACUGUGCAGGCUUCUUCUCGCCUGGUAUCUGGAUGGGUCUGAUGACCAGUCUUCUCAUGGUUCUCGUGCUCACCUACGGUCUGCAUAUGAUCAUGCAGCUGCGCACAAUGGAUCGCUUUGAUGACCCCAAGGGCCCGGCUAUCUCCGUGCCCCAAACGGAGUAACAGCUGGCUUUACUUUCCACCUUUCAUCCUUUUCUGUCCUUCUCUUACUGCGAUGCUUCCUCUCCCACGCUUUACAUUCCACCCCCUGUUCAUCUGUAGUUGGGCAUUAAACAGAAUAAUUAGUAGUGUUAUCAUAACAAGUCAUCACUGCAAUGAUCAUUACAUUUGGAUCCUGAGACUGAAGAAUCUAGUUUUCAGACCUCUUCGGAUUAGCGUUUCAGUUGAGUCACACUUAUCAGCAUCCGUUACACACAAGGUGUUUCAACCACACGUGAAGCUGUUCACGGAUUUCCAGAAUCCUUCGUUGGUUGGAGAGUAACAAAGUCAAAUGUUAACUGUGUGAUGUAGCAGCACUAACACACUGCGCUACCACAUAAAGAACAGUGUUAGUGCAGUUACAGAUCAAUCUGCUGCUCCACGCGGGACUCAAAUUGUGAUUCCCAGUCAGGGUGUAAAGGGCACCUUGAAAAAAAUCUUUUAUUGUGCAGCAAACUGAAUGUUUUCAUCCAGAUGUUCAGAAGAGUCUCUGGGAUUCUGGAAAUAACCUUCAGAACAACAUGUGUAGUUAAACCGCCUUGUGAGGUUUCUCACGCAUCAACAGAUGUAAUGCUAAUACACGAGAGACAAAAUACAUUUUCCCCCAUGAAAGGGACACAAAUAACUUCUGAAAAAUGAAUUAUGAAAUGCUAUUUAUUGUGUUUAUACUUGUGUUUGUGAGUAGACAAGUGAAAUGUAGUUGUUGAAUGAAGGGAUCACAUUUUCUGUGCGGACAAUAGAUGAAUUCUGUCCAUUAUAUUUACUGUUAUCUUCAGUAUGGAUGAACGAGCUGAUGAUUCAGAUCAUCUCAAUGCAAAACAUAAACGGACCAUUAAUGAACAGCAUUAAACGUCAGGCAGUUUGUGAAUACUCUUCAUGGCUGUCCAAAUGUGAGCUUGUUUUCUGUCACAUUAACAUGAACACUGUAUUUAUUUGUCAGCUGAUGUGCACUGAUCUCAAUGUGAAAUUAUUAUUUUCCUGUUUGUUAAUUUAUUUUGUUGUUGUUGAAUGAAUAUCAAUGAUGUGAGGUCCUGAAUAUGGUCCUGUGUCGUGCUGCUGAUAUGACCCCAAUAAAACAUCUGUGAAAGUU